AUGAGAUGCUUCCAAAUAACUUAAUUAAUAAUAUCUUCAAGCCCAUAAGUUGUUAAAUAUAUAUAGAUAUAGUCUAAUUUAAAUAAAUAUAAUUAAAACAAUAUAAAUACUCUAGUUGAAAUUGAAUUUCGUCCAUGCUAAAUAGGAGAAGUGAUUCUGUAAUAAUCCUCAUCAAUAUAAAUUUGCCAAUUUUGUUCUGAUGGUACAUAUUCUUUGAUGGAUCCGAGUCAAGAAAUUUGCAAGAAAUGUCCAGAUUCUGCAAAAAAGUGUAUUGGCAAUUAGAUAGAUUUAUAUAAUGGAUAUUGGAGAAAUAAUAAUUAGACUGAUGAAAUUGUGCAAUGCGAUUCAAUUAUAGGGUCUUGUAUAGCAGAAAAUUAUCAAAAUGGUAAUAAAAUUUGUAAAUAAGGAUAUUUAGGUCCUUUGUGUGAAGAAUGCGAUAUGGAUUAUGCACAAGAUAGUAAUAAUCAAUCAGUUAGAUAUGUUACUUCAAUAUAUUCAAAGCAGUGCAAUUAAUGCAGUAUUUCCUAUCUUCAGUAUAUCUUUUUACUAUUAUAAAUUUGUGCAGUUUUAGCAUAUUUGAUAUAUAAUUCGUUAAAGUUUAUUGAUAACUCUUUAGUAAUUUAGACCUAGCAAUAUUUAAGAAAUAUGAAGAUUCUACCAAUAUCAAAGCCUCCUUCUUCUUCAUACCUUCACUUCUUCCCAUUGAAAUAAAUUCAGUACCUUAAAUUUUAGGAUCUUCAAGCAAGAUAAUUACUAUCAGCUUAAUGUGUUUAGUUCCUUUGA